GUGCGCCCCUGCUGUUGGAUGUGAGCUGCUGUUGUGUGUGUUUUCUCUCUCAUGGAGGUUUUUCAGGAACUAACAGGAAAGCAGGAGAAACUCUGAAAACUUUAAACGCCCGAGCGGUGCGUGCGUGCGGCUGACGCGCGGCCCCUGCGCCGCGUUAAUUCGCAGUGGAUCCGGGAGUGUGUGUUUUGUGAGGGUUCCUUGAUUCCGCGAUGGCCGGAGCGAGUGUGUGGUAUCACCGGGAUCUGAGUCGCGCCGCGGCGGAGGAGUUGCUCGCGCGAGCCGGGCGCGAUGGGAGUUUCCUGGUGCGGGACAGCGAGAGCGUCAACGGCGCCUACGCGUUAUGCGUGCUGUUUCAGAAACACGUUCACACAUACAGGAUCCUGCCUGACGAGGAGAACUUUCUGGCGGUGCAGACGUCUCAGGGUGUUCAGCCGAAGCGGUUUAAGACUCUUCCUGAGUUGGUUCAGUUGUAUCUUCAGCCCAGUCAAGGUCUGGUGACCACACUACAGUUCCCAGUGGAGAGAGAGGAGACCACAGAGGAGAGAGAUUACUCUGAUGGUGAAGAUGAGAAGCCCCCCCUCCCCCCUCGCACCGCCUCCACAAGCUCCGUCCUCGGUACCACAGGCUCCGCCCCCGUCAGUCAGGACACGCCCCCUGAGAAUGUGACGGCGUCGAACGGCUUGAGCACGAUCUCUCACGAGUAUCUGAAGGGAAGUUACGCUCUGGAUCUGGAGGCGGUGAAACAGGGAGCGAAUAACCUUCCUCACCUCAACAAAACACUGGUGUCGUCCUGCAAACGGCUGCAUGGGGAGGUGGAUAAGGUUCUCUGUGGCCUGGAGAUUCUGUCCAAGGUCUUCGAUCAGCAAAGCGCCUCCAUGGUGUCCAGAAUGAUCCAGCAGUCCAUGUCUCAGGGUGGAGAUCAAGAGCUGGAGCAUCUGGUCACCAAACUGGCCAUCCUUAAGGAUCUGCUGUCAUCUAUAGAGAAGAAGGCUCUGAAGGUGGUUCAGGACAUGAGCUCAUCCGCUCUGACCGUGUCUCCGCUGAUGUCCAUCCGACACAAAUCCAUUCCUGUGCAAACCUUUGAGGUGAAACUGGACGUGUAUCUGGCUGACCUGACGAAGAUCGGGAAGAGUCAGAAGUACUCGCUGAGUGUGGAUGUGGAGGGAGGAAAGCUGGUUGUGAUGAAGAAAAUGAAGGAUGCGCAGGAGGACUGGAACACGUUCACACACGACAAGAUUCGGCAGCUGAUUAAGUCUCAGCGUGUUCAAAAUAAACUGGGAAUCGUCUUUGAGAAGGAAAAAGACAAAAGCCAAAGGAAAGAUUUCAUCUUUGCCAGCGCAAAAAAAAGGGAAGCGUUCUGCCAACUCCUGCAACUCAUGAAGAACAAACAUUCCAAUCAGGACGAGCCCGACAUGAUCUCCGUCUUCAUCGGGACAUGGAACAUGGGCGGCGUUCCUGCUCCUAAAUCGAUGGGAUCGUGGAUCUCCUCUCGAGGCUUGGGGAAAACUCUGGAUGAGAUGGCGGUCACGAUCCCUCAUGACAUCUAUGUGUUCGGUACGCAGGAGAACUCUGUGUGUGAUAAGGAAUGGGUGGAAACGAUCCGCUCCGCCCUCAAGGAAUGCACAGAGAUGGACUAUAAACCGGUUGCAGUGCAGACGCUGUGGAACAUUAAGAUCGCGGUGUUGGUGAAGGCGGAGCACGAGAACCGCAUCAGUCACGUGGGAAUGUCCAGCGUCAAAACGGGGAUCGCAAACACACUCGGAAACAAAGGAGCAGUGGGCGUGUCCUUCAUGUUUAAUGGAACAUCCUUUGGGUUCGUUAACUGCCACCUGACGUCCGGCAAUGAGAAAAUCCACAGACGCAACCAGAACUAUCUGGAUAUCCUGCGUCAGCUGUCGCUGGGCGAUAAACAGCUGAACUCCUUCGACAUCUCGCUGAGAUUCACGCAUCUCUUCUGGUUCGGCGACCUCAACUACCGGCUGGACAUGGACAUCCAGGAAAUCCUCAACUUCAUCAACAGGAAGGAGUUCGAGCCGUUGUUGAAGGUGGACCAGCUGAAUCUGGAGAGAGAGAAGAACAAGGUCUUCCUUCGCUUCGCGGAGGAGGAGAUCACCUACCCCCCCACGUACCGUUACGAGCGCGGCUCGCGGGACACGUACGUCUGGCAGAAGCAGAAAGCCACCGGGAUGCGGACCAACGUUCCCUCGUGGUGCGACAGAAUCCUCUGGAAAUCGUAUCCUGAGACGCACAUCGUCUGCAACUCGUACGGCUGUACAGAUGAUAUCGUCACCAGUGAUCACUCUCCUGUGUUCGGCACGUUCGAGGUUGGCGUGACGUCUCAGUUCGUCUCUAAGAAAGGUCUGCCCAAGUCUUCAGAACAAGCGUACAUCGAGUUCGAGAACAUCGAGGCCAUCGUGAAGACCGCCAGCAGGACCAAGUUCUUCAUCGAGUUCUACUCCACGUGUCUGGAGGAGUUUAAGAAGAGCUAUGAGAACGACACUCAGAGCAGUGAUAACGUGAACUUCCUGCGCGUGGGCUGGUCGUCCAAACAGCUGACGACACUGAAGCCCAUCUUAUCCGACAUCGAGUACCUGCAGGACCAGCACCUGCUGCUCACCGUCAAGUCUCUGGAUGGAUACGAGUCAUACGGGGAGUGUGUGUUGGCGCUGAAGUCGAUGAUUGGCAGCACGGCGCAGCAGUUUCACACGUAUCUCUCUCACCGCGGCGAGGAAACGGGAAACAUCCGCGGAUCCAUGAGAGUCAGAGUCCCGUCAGAGAGGAUGGGGACCAGAGAGAGACUCUACGAGUGGAUCAGUGUUGAUAAGGACGAGACUGGCGGAUCGAGAGGCAGAACUCUUCCUCCCAGAGCCACACACGAUUACGUCAAACCGUCCACCAGCAGGAAGUUAGGGUCAGCUGACCUCGGGAAGGUUUCAGAGGAGGGAGACAAGAGCAUCACAGGGAGAAACACACACACACACUCCUUUAAAGAGGACAGCACACAGAACAGACUCAAACAGGACCCGUUUGAUGGCGACGCCACAACCUGCAAGAACAGCUUCAAUAACCCCGCCUACUACAUUCUCGAGGGCGUUCCCAACCAAUCAGCAGUCCUGGCCACCGAACAGCUCCCAGGCUCCGCCCUCCCUCCACUAGCCAAUAAAACAGCAGCUCCUGUGGGGAAGAACAAGCCUCCCAGUGGGAGUUCGGCUGCGGGCCGCUGGCACCCGGUUCGGCCAAUCAGCGAAGAGGGAUCUUCGGAAGACGACGGGAACGUCGGGACUCACGUCGCGUCACUCAAUCGCCCUCCGCCAGAUUUCCCUCCUCCCGCUUCCAAAGAAAUCCCUGAAAACUCAUUCGGAAAACCGCGAAUGUUUCCGGACCUCGCCGACGUCAAGAUCCCGUCCAAACCGCUGUUGUCUCCCUCUGGGGGAGGAGGCGUGGCCUUCUGUCUGGAGGCUCCGCCCAUAUUGAACCCUAGCUCUGCCCCUUUCCGCCGAGGAGGCGGAGCUUCUGCACUAGACGACCAGUCGUGUUCCGUUCUACAAAUGGCGAAGACGCUGAGCGAAGUGGAGUAUCCGUCCGGGAGAGAAAGGGGCGGAGUCGGGAAAGAAAGGGGCGGAGUCGGGAAAGGGGCGGCGUCUUCUCACAUGAGAGGCUUGACUUUCCCACCGCGAUCCAUACAGGAGGAGAGCAUUGCUGAAGACCUGCCAGAGGAGGGCCUGUGGCACGACGAGGGCAGCAGUGUGUCAGUAGAGGACAGUGUUGGCGAGUGGCUCCAGAGGCUCGGGCUCCAGCAUUAUGAGGAAGGGCUUCUGCACAACGGCUGGGACGAUCUGGAGUUCCUCAGUGACAUCACAGAGGAGGAUCUGGAGGAGGCGGGCAUUCGUGACCCCGCCCAUAAGAAGAUCCUAUUGGCCAGUCUAAAACAACAGCAGCAGCAGCAGCAGAAGUGGCGCUGCACAUCAUUAUCAUCAUCUGAGAUAAUUCAAGAGGAAACAGUUCAUAUAUCACAUGAAAUCCUCAACUUCAUCAACAGGAAGGAGUUCGAGCCAUUGUUGAAGGUGGACCAGCUGAAUCUGGAGAGAGAGAAGAACAAGGUCUUCCUUCGCUUCGCGGAGGAGGAGAUCACCUACCCCCCCACGUACCGUUACGAGCGCGGCUCGCGGGACACGUACGUCUGGCAGAAGCAGAAAGCCACCGGGAUGCGGACCAACGUUCCCUCGUGGUGCGACAGAAUCCUCUGGAAAUCGUAUCCUGAGACGCACAUCGUCUGCAACUCGUACGGCUGUACAGAUGAUAUCGUCACCAGUGAUCACUCUCCUGUGUUCGGCACGUUCGAGGUUGGCGUGACGUCUCAGUUCGUCUCUAAGAAAGGUCUGCCCAAGUCUUCAGAACAAGCGUACAUCGAGUUCGAGAACAUCGAGGCCAUCGUGAAGACCGCCAGCAGGACCAAGUUCUUCAUCGAGUUCUACUCCACGUGUCUGGAGGAGUUUAAGAAGAGCUAUGAGAACGACACUCAGAGCAGUGAUAACGUGAACUUCCUGCGCGUGGGCUGGUCGUCCAAACAGCUGACGACACUGAAGCCCAUCUUAUCCGACAUCGAGUACCUGCAGGACCAGCACCUGCUGCUCACCGUCAAGUCUCUGGAUGGAUACGAGUCAUACGGGGAGUGUGUGUUGGCGCUGAAGUCGAUGAUUGGCAGCACGGCGCAGCAGUUUCACACGUAUCUCUCUCACCGCGGCGAGGAAACGGGAAACAUCCGCGGAUCCAUGAGAGUCAGAGUCCCGUCAGAGAGGAUGGGGACCAGAGAGAGACUCUACGAGUGGAUCAGUGUUGAUAAGGACGAGACUGGCGGAUCGAGAGGCAGAACUCUUCCUCCCAGAGCCACACACGAUUACGUCAAACCGUCCACCAGCAGGAAGUUAGGGUCAGCUGACCUCGGGAAGGUUUCAGAGGAGGGAGACAAGAGCAUCACAGGGAGAAACACACACACACACUCCUUUAAAGAGGACAGCGCACAGAACAGACUCAAACAGGACCCAUUUGAUGGCGACGCCACAACCUGCAAGAACAGCUUCAAUAACCCCGCCUACUACAUUCUCGAGGGCGUUCCCAACCAAUCAGCAGUCCUGGCCACCGAACAGCUCCCAGGCUCCGCCCUCCCUCCACUAGCCAAUAAAACAGCAGCUCCUGUGGGGAAGAACAAGCCUCCCAGUGGGAGUUCGGCUGCGGGCCGCUGGCACCCGGUUCGGCCAAUCAGCGAAGAGGGAUCUUCGGAAGACGACGGGAACGUCGGGACUCACGUCGCGUCACUCAAUCGCCCUCCGCCAGAUUUCCCUCCUCCCCCGCUUCCCAAAGAAAUCCCUGAAAACUCAUUCGGAAAACCGCGAAUGUUUCCGGACCUCGCCGACGUCAAGAUCCCGUCCAAACCGCUGUUGUCUCCCUCUGGGGGAGGAGGCGUGGCCUUCUGUCUGGAGGCUCCGCCCAUAUUGAACCCUAGCUCUGCCCCUUUCCGCCGAGGAGGCGGAGCUUCUGCACUAGAUGACCAGUCGUGUUCCGUUCUACAAAUGGCGAAGACGCUGAGCGAAGUGGAGUAUCCGUCCGGGAGAGAAAGGGGCGGAGUCGGGAAAGAAAGGGGCGGAGUCGGGAAAGGGGCGGCGUCUUCUCACAUGAGAGGCUUGACUUUCCCACCGCGAUCCAUACAGGAGGAGAGCAUUGCUGAAGACCUGCCAGAGGAGGGCCUGUGGCACGACGAGGGCAGCAGUGUGUCAGUAGAGGACAGUGUUGGCGAGUGGCUCCAGAGGCUCGGGCUCCAGCAUUAUGAGGAAGGGCUUCUGCACAACGGCUGGGACGAUCUGGAGUUCCUCAGUGACAUCACAGAGGAGGAUCUGGAGGAGGCGGGCAUUCGUGACCCCGCCCAUAAGAAGAUCCUAUUGGCCAGUCUAAAACAACAGCAGCAGCAGCAGAAGUGAGCCAAUCACAAUCCAGACCGGACUGAACUUUGCACUGGUAGAAUUUUACCUGGUUUUAAUGGUAGUUUGUGAUAUUAUUUAAACAAGUCAAUGUGUCAAAAGGAUGUUUCACUACAGCCCCAACUUCCUGUCGUCUGGAGGAAGUGACAUCAGAACAUUCCGGAAGUGUUAGUUAUUACUAUCAGUUUGUUUUUCGUGCAUGUUUCGUGACUUUAAAGGAAAGGGAAAUAAGCCAAAAUCAGCCGUGACUUGAAGCAGUUUGCGCAUCCGUGUGUUCGUAUGUUCGUGUGUUUGUGUGUCAACCCAAGGGAUGUUCGUUUCUCUCGGUUCAGUGCGUCAUUUACAAUCUCCUCAUCCUGCACAGAGGUUUGGUGUGAGUGAGAGAUGCUAUAACACACUGCUCUCACCAGGUGGCGCUGCACAUCAUUAUCAUCAUCUGAGAUAAUUCAAGAGGAAACAGUUCAUAUAUCACAUGUGAAUCUUUUGCUGAUGUGAGAUUCAAAUGCUGAUGAAUUUCUAGAAGAGUUGAGUGUGUUUCUCAAUCUCAAGAUGAGUUUAGUUCUUUUAAAUGAAGCGCUCUGUGGAAACGCAUGUCUUCAUCACAAUAGCUUUGUGUGUUUUAUUUAACAGACUUUAAUGUUAUAAUAUGGGUGUUUCUCCUAAAAUGCAUGUAGCGGAAUUAUUCUAGAUAUCAAUUAUUUGUGUAUUAAGUUUUAACUUAAGAAGUUUUCCCCCUUUCAUUCAUUUAGUUGCCACAUAAUCGUUUUUAACAGUUAAACUCAGUCGUUAUAAGUUAAUAUUUGUGUUUGACUGUUAAAUGACUGUCCUUUUAAUGUUUGUUCUUUUCUUUUGCAGUUUAAUAAAAACUACAAUUAUGUUCAGUA